CCCGCUGAGGACCACAACAACAACAACAGUGGUCGAGGCCAUGGCGUCUGUCUCCUCUUAUAAGUCUUAUCAGAAGAUACGUUGUGGCAUGUUUCUCCUGGCACUUGCAGGCAUCGGACUGUCUCUUUACGCCUUAUAUGUGGAAAUAAAGAAGGAGAGUGACCGAGACUUCCAGGCCAUGUGUGACAUCAGCGCCUCCGUCUCCUGCUCCAGAGUCUUCACCUCCAAGUAUGGCCGGGGAUUUGGAAUCAUUGGGGAGGUUCUGGGUAAAGACCACAUCUUGAACCAACCCAACAGCAUCCCUGGGAUCAUCUUUUACUGCCUUGUCAUUCUCCUCGGAGAAAUCAGGAGUGUGAGAGUGGCCAAGUUUCAGCGGAGUUUGAUAACUCUUUCAAACCUGAUGAGCGUCUACCUGGCAUAUCUGCUGUACUUCGUGCUCAAGGACUUUUGUGUCGUCUGUGUCACCACGUACUUUGUCAACGUUCUCCUGACUGUGUUGGCAUUCAUGCGUGUUUCUGCUCUCCAGAGAGUUUUGAAAACAAAGGUCAAAUAAUGAGUAGCACUGAGUACAGUACAGUGAUGUCCAAAACUUAAUACUUAAUGUCUUAAAUCUUCACAGAAAAUGUUCUGUCAUAUAUUUAUUAGCAGGAAUGUAAUAUUACUGUACAUUAUAGCAAAAACAAUUAUAGGAAAAUUAAUUAUGUCUGUGUGUUCAUUAUAAAUAUGUAAAGAUUAAAGAGAAUUUGUUAACAGGCGCGUAGAUUAUUGAAGUAUUAGCAGUACGUAGAGUACAGAGUUAUGAUCCACUCACUGGCCAAGCCUUGAGCUUUAGACCUUUACUGUACCCACUGUCACCAGGUACAGUACAGUAUGUUACUAAGACAACAGGUCAUUACAGAGGCUCCUAUGUGACAGAUGGUAAGGUUACUGCACUGUAAUUGCUGUGACAAAUGUUCCUAGGAAAAACUGCAAUGGAAUUCUUUACAAAGAACUUCACUGCAUUAUUGUAGAAUUAACAAAUCAAAAUAACUAAUGUGAUAAUUGAAUCCAAACCUUAUACUGUGCUGUACUGUACAUACCUUUAAUGUAGAGUUUCCAACAACAGUCCCGUCGUCGCCUCUUGUGCUGCUCCACAUACCCCGAGAUUCAGAGUCGUGAACCUGAAGCAUUUAUGGAUGUAAUAAAGCAUUAGUGUCUACUGCUUCAGGUUCACGAGUCUGAAUCUCGGGGUUUGUGGAGCAGCACAAGAGGCGACGACGGGACUGUUGUUUACGACUGUACAAUAAAAGCGUUGACCUGAUGUGGGUAAGGUAUAGACCAGCAAAUGUUGACCUGGAGUGACUGUUAACUUAAGGGCAGUAACUUCUCCUUUAACCACACUGUUUUCUUUUAAUCAGAAAUCUCCAAUAACUGGAUUUAUGAGAGUUUGUCUUUAAAUUUAAGACCCACUUGGGGGGGGGGGCAUUAUGUCUUUGGAGGUACAGUACAGUACCCAUUAAAGUUUGGGCCAAUUUUGUAGGGGCCACAAUUAUUAAGGUUAGGAUUCAGUCUUUAUUUUUCAUUGAUAUUAUUGGAAGAUGAGCUGAGGAUGCAGUCUUUACUUCCCAAUGAUUAUUGUUUCACACUUCCACAAUGUCAGUCUAGAAAGUUUUAUAAUUUUAUGUUCAGGUACAGGAAAGUUUUGUUUGGUUAAGGAAAUGUUCUCCAAGUAACCAGAAUGGCCGCACAUAUUUAAUCUGGUUACAGGAGAGUUUGCUGUAAGUUAUGUACCAUAGUAAUACAAUUGUACUGUACUAAUCAACAGGUGAUCAUUCCAAUUUGCAUUUACUGCAUACAGUAUAAAACAGUAAUGUAAAAAAUAAAUAAAUUUAUGGGUACUGUAGCUAUACACCUGUUUGGUAUACAGUACUGUGCAGGUAUUUAUAUCUUGUUAGGAGCUUACUUGUAUAUAAUUAGUCAUACAUAGUACACUGUACAGUAUAUAUACAGUAUAUAAUUCAGGAGGCAUAGACUGUUUACAAUGUUAUUAAUUUUACAACUUAUAUAACCUGGAGCUGCUAAUAAAAAGAAUAGAACAGCA